AUGGCGUCGCAUAGUGACGCUGAGGGAACGGCGAUGCACCGGCCUUGGGUUGGACUACAUAUGAAAGCGCUGAAUGUCGAGAAGGGCGCAAAAAGGUUUUCUCCUGCGGGAGACUCAGUUGCUCCUCGGACUGCAACUUGGCGGAACAAUCUGGUUGCGCUCUCCCAACGCCGCAAUUUACUGUUUGUGGCAUACCUCCAGCAGAUCUAUGUCUGGGUGCCUCGGGGGUCAUUUCAGGUAUUGGGUUCGAAACCUGAAAUGAUCAUUAACCCUGCGAUGAAGAAUCCGCAGAGUCCCGGCUACAUAGCACCCGGAUUUCCCCAUGCAGUUAAUAGCCUCCUUGUGGAUGAUUUAGGCCGGGAAGAGGUCCUGCUGCUUGCGACUGACUCCGGGAAUGUUUGCGCAUACCGUGUUGAAGCUAUAUGGUCAGCCCUAGUGCGCGCAGCGAAAAGCAACCAGACGCGCCCACUUGACGAUUCUCAAGUUGAUCCUUUCUUUGUUGAAUUUGUUGAAGCCAGCGCAUGGGGACUGGCUAUCCACAAAUACGCCCGGUUGAUUGCGGUAACAGCAAACACGGGACUUAUUACUGUUUUCGCAUUCGCACUUGUCAACCCUACUUCUGAAAAGAGCAGGAAUUCGGGCGAUCCACUUGAAGGAAAUGAUGAUUUUUCCGAUUGUGACCAAACCUGGCUGGAGAUCAAGAAUGACGCGCAGUUUUCGCAACUUCGACAGUUUAUGCCGGAAAAUUAUCGCACGCGGAAUAUCAAAUUGACAUAUACGGGCCAUUUCACGAAUAUCCCCUCCGUCUCUUUCCUCAAUUGUGACCUUGAUCCUAACGGCGCGUGGAUGGUUAGCACUGAUAUCGAUAAUAAACUGCUUGUAUGGAAAGUCUGGGAAGGCCUGGCUCCGUUGCACUUGUACCAUUUCAACAGUUUCUCCUUUCAGUCGUUCACACAUUCAUUGCAAAAUGAUACUGAACGUGGUUGGGCCGUGAUAGCCCUUGACCCUCGCAGCUUCCAUCGUGUUAAGACCAGAGAAGAUGCGUGUGGCGGUGUACCUCGGCGGCAUACGGAGGAAGGACUGAGGGUUCUUGAUUUGACAAGAUUGAGCAGCAAAGUACCAAACGCAUCGCAAUUGUACAACUAUUUUCCUCCUGCGGUGAAGCUUGAACCUGAGCAGCCUGUCCUACCCGAUAUAUUCGACCAAGAUUGUCGCAUUAGCGCCGGGAAGAGAUCGUACGCGAAGCAUGACAGUAUAAAUAACGACUCAACAUAUGCCGAUGAAAAGAAUGCGAGUAAUGGCACGACACUAGAAGAUACUAACAACCCUGCUGUCGUCGAAAAUCUCCGUCCUAUAGGCGUCACCGACUCCUUUAGCUUCCGGGCCGUCGACGAUUCACUCCCAGAAGGGGAUACAAGUCAAGACAGCGAUAGUGAUAUCGAUAUUGACCUGGACGCAGAACCCGAGCGGGAUGCUAGAGAUUCCGGGAUGCAGCAAACACCUCGAGCAAACGUCCCUAGCAUCCCUCGCCCAGCUGGCAAUGGACCCCUAAACACAGCGGAGUUUCUUCGAUUUGCACUCUUCGAAGCCCUUGGUGGCGAGCUGCCUGUAGCCGAGGGCUACUAUGAUGACAGGGAUGUGGACUAUCCUGGAUAUAAUGACGUGGAUGACAAUCGCUCGCACGGUAGCGAGUCGCGAGAAACAGAAUCGUCUCUCGCAUACGAGGUAUUCGAUCGUAUGUUGCGUGAUGCCUUCCCAGAUGACUCUUCCCCUUAUGACUUUGAUGGGCCAACGGAGAGACUAAUGCCUCUUCAAUCGGUACCAGCUCUUACCGUCCGUGAAUUCCCCAUCAUCCACUUCUCACAGACCGAUAUCCGCUUGAUUCGUCAUCCGUUAGCGUCAGUCCCAAGUGUCGUGUGCGGUGCGCCCUUAGGACAGCCAUUCACACACCCAAUUGUCUCAAUCCGCGCAUCUGACCGCUUUAAUAUGGUCAAAUACAUACCGGAACACGGCAUUAUCGUCGCUGCUUCCCAAAAAGGCCGCGCAGCGGUGAUUUCACUUACCGAAUCCGAAGAAACCGGAGUCGCCUUCCGAGUCGACUGGAUCGUCCCAUUUGAAAGCCAGGAACAAUACGGCGAUCGACCACUCAUCCCUCUCCUCGGCAUGAGCGUCAGCCCCAUCCAGGGCUUCGAAAUACCCCCAGACGUCCCUUACAUCCCACGCGACGUUAGCGAAAGUGACGAAAUAACCUUCCACUACAAAUUCCACCCGCACGACGGCGCCGAUAACCCGCCCUCGAAAGACGCAUUUCACCGCGACCAAAUCGAACCACCAGAAUGGUUCUAUGACCUUGAGCCAGACUCUAAUGACCCUGGAAACAAACAUGUACCCCCACUUACAUUACCUGAAUGCCAUGCCAAGGCUAGCCGGGCUUAUAAACCGGAUGAGAGUUGGCGGGGCUGGUAUCCGUCAAGGAGGUAUCGGUUGUUGCUCAUGUAUGCUGAUCAUACGGUUAUGAGCUAUGAGUUUUGGUAUGACGGGAGGAGUCCCGGUUGGGAUCAGGCGACUGAGGAUGAGUGUCUUGUUCCUUAG